AAGGAGAUUUUAUUUCAUAAAUCUAUUAGUUAUCGUCAUUCGUAUACGCUAUUCUAUUAUAUGGGACAUAAUAAUGUCGAUUUUAAUUCCCGAUAAUAUAUUAGAGAUUUUGAUAUGCAGUUUUUGUCAUAAAUAUUUAUCGGUGAAACCCGUAAAAGUUUAUCCAAACAGGCUUAUACAGUGUGGAAGAUGUGUUGAUAAUCAGGAACCAGCAGCACAGAAAUCACAAGGGGUAGAAUCACUAUAUGGACUAAUUGCUGAACAUGUUUUAUUUAAAUGUGUCAACAAGUUUGAUGGUUGUAGAGCAUUGUUGACAUAUUCCCAGGUGCUGGAUCACGAAAAGGAAUGCUUGGAAAAAAUUCACAAGUGUCCAAUUUGCUAUGAAGAGAUGACAAGUUUUUUGAUGCUUCAACACUUUCAUUUCAAACAUAAGAAUGCUGUGUUGGGCUAUCCAACAUUUGUUUUCAACUUGAAUGAUUAUUUAGAUAUGCCUAGUGUUUAUAUAUAUCAAGAAGAAGAUAAUUUGUUUUUUCUGUAUACCAGAUGUAGUAAGUCUGAGAAUACAAUAGCAUUAUAUUUGGUUUGUAUGGCGAGCUAUAAACUGCCUCAAAAUAUAUACCAUCAAUUUACUGUCACUAGCGAAAACAAAGAAUUUGAUAUUGUAUUGGACCCAAAACCAUGUACAGAUGAUUUUUUUGUUGUGGAUAUAUCACAUAUGUCAAACUUUAUACAAAUUAAGUUUAAAUUAAUUGAUCGCAAUCUAAAGGUUUUGACAGGUCCAAAGUUUAGUGCUGCUGUAAGGAAGCCUGUACCCAAAAAUGCUCCACAUGGGCAUGAAAUUGGAAAAAACCGACAAGAAUUUGAUCUAAAAGCUAAAUGUGUUAAAUGUCAAGCGUAUUGCAUUUUUUCAUUGUCUAAUUGUCCAGUUCGCUAUUGCUACCUUAACAAACACAAUAAUUACAUGUGUUACUAUUGUUAUCAAUGGUUCGAAUCUUGGGAAACAUCUAGUCAAUAUUUUGAAAUAGCAAUUCCCAGUGAAAUAUUUGGUGGAAUGAAGUUUUACAAAUGGAAUUGUAGUAAUUGUUUUAGUGAUAUUUCAGUUUCAGAUAUGCAGUCACAUGAAAUAAGCUGUAAACUAGGUAGACAAUUUAGAUGCCCUAUGGAAAAUUGUUGUGAAAAAGGAACUACCAACCAAAUGAUCGAACAUCUGAAAGAUCAUAAUCGUUUGGCAUUUUCGUCUCCAUUUCAACUAACUUCAAAUAAUUUAAGUUGUUAUGUAUUUCUAAAGGAACAUAUUGUAUCUUUACUUUUAAUUCGUACCAAAAAUUCUAUUUUUUGUGAUGUAAUAGUAGUCAUUCUGCCACAAUCAGAAUUCGCCAUAAAACAGUUUGAGGUUCGUACCAUGUUCUUUGAUAGCAAUAAUCAAAUUUUAAAUCAAUAUGAGAUAAAUGACAACAUAAAUCCAAUAUUUGUGAAAAUUAUUGUAGAGGAGAGUCGGCAAUAGGGAACUUGUAUAAAAUUUUAAAUUCGAAAUAAUGUUAUAAAUCACAACAGAACAUAAUUUAGAACCUGUAUCAAAGAUAAAAAAGUUUUGUUUGUCUUUCGUUUGGUCCCUAAAGACGACUAAAAAUUCAACUUAUACCAGACACCCUAAAACCCGUCGUGACGUCACUUCGUUGUAUGUUUACAUUCUACACCAAUAGGGAACUUGCAUAAAUUUUUAAAUUCGAAAAAAAUGUUAUAAAUCACAACAGAACAUAAUUUAAAACAUGUAUCAAAGAUAAAAAAGUUUUGUUUGUCUUUCGUUUGGCCCCUAAAGACGAUUAAAAAUUAAAAUUGAAACAGGUGGUCCAAAACGCGUCGUGACGUCACUGGGUUGUACAUUUACAUUUUUCCAAUAAAGUAAACAGAAUUUUAAAUUAGACGUUAUAAACGUCAGUAGAAAAUACAUUUAUGUGAUGUUACAAGUGUUUUUGAUCGUUGGAACUAUUCAUAGAAAAUUUGUACUUUUACAAAAUGGUUUUAUUUUCAAUAGUAAACCUUCGUUCCUUUCCUUAAAAAACAGUAUAAAACUCCAAUUUUAACAAACUGCUAUAUAUUAUUACAAUGACAUACGAUAAAUGUCAUUAGAAUAUAAAUAUUUUUGACUUAUUCCACGACGAUGAGCUGGCCAAAUACCCAAGUAGGUGGAGGCCAAUAAACUAAAGAAGGAGAAGAAGAAUAUACCUAAAUAUAAGGUUGUGUCUAGGUAUAAGCUAACGUGUACGCAAAUAAAAAAGUUACGAGUGUCAGUGAUUUCUUAUUUUUUAUUUGUUUAGUGUUUGUUUUUAAAUUAACUAUGGAGUGUGGGCAAUUAUUUAGUUCUUUUAACGAGUUUAAGAACAUUUUAAAACAGUACGAAAAAGAUAAGAGACUAUAAAUUAAUACAUAUUUUUUUAAUGAAAUAGUAUUACCGUCCAAGAUUAAAAUAAAAGGAAGACCUAAAGCUUUCACAAUAAUAAUUAACUUGUUCUGAAGCUAUUAUCCUUGUGGCAUUUUUGUAAUCAACUAUUUUAAAUGAGAACUAAGCCACAAUUUAACUAAAAAAUUGAUUUUAUUAACGUUUCGACGUCUAAACUGGAUGUCGUUGUCAAAAUACAAAAUAUUAUUAAAUUAAACAAAAAUGUUGUUGCUUAGUAAACAAUUUUUUCUAAUACUUUAUUUAAUCUGACUAAUUUUUGUAUUUUGACAAUGACAUCCGAUUUGGACGUCGAAACGUUAAUAAAAUAAUUUUUUUAGUUAAAUUGUGGCUUAUUUUGCAUUUAGAAUAGUUGAUUAUAAUAAUUCACUUACGUAUAAAAAUUAUUUUAACAAUAUUUUGUACCUACAUGUCAUGUCAACUAAAUACAUAUAUAUAUAUAUAUAUAUAUAUAUAUAUAUAUAUAUAUAUAUAUAUAUAUAUAUAUAUAUAUAAUUAUUUUGCUAACCUAAAUAUAUACUUUUAUAUAUAUACAUUGAUUUAUUACAAUUAAGUUUAAAACAUCUGAAUAGUUCUGCUUUCUUAACAAAUAUUUUUCUAUUAAACAAACACUAAACAUAUCAAAAUAGCAUGUACCAAAAUGUAUAGUCACUGCGCAAGCUAAAUAAUGACGUCACUGGCUUGAUGAAGUUUAAUUCGCGUCUACCUAACUUUUUUAUUUGCGUACACGUUAGCGUGUACGUAGACACAGCGAAAUAUAACCAUAAUCAAUACUAAUGCAAAACUAUGUGACGUCACGGGCCGUUUGAACUAUUUUAUACCGCAGAAGACUUUAAAUAUGUAUUUCUAAGUUAUUAAGAAUUUUUGAAGCACGAAAUUUUGGAAAUCUCAUUUUUAAACAAAACUGAACAUUAUUAUCUACUAAAAAAAAUGUGCAAGUUCCCUAUUGAAUAUAUAAUUUUAAAUUAGACAUUAUAAACGUCAGUAAAAAAUACAGUUAUGUGACGUUAAAAGUAUUUUGAUCGUUUGAACUAUUCAUAGAAAAUUUGUACUUUUACAAAA